AUGGCGUCCAAGCUAUCUCAAAUCGUGGCUCAACACAGGCCAGACCUGGGUCCUCUGCAGGAGCUGUACAAGUACCUACACCAGAACCCGGAGCUCUCCAACCAAGAGUCGGAAACGGCGGCCCUGAUCGCGGAGAAGCUCAGGACCACCGGGCCCGAGGACCUCGUCGUCAAAACCGACAUAGGCGGUCACGGGCUCGCCGCCGUGCUCCCCAACGGCGACGGGCCGACCGUCCUCCUUCGCGCCGACAUUGACGCGCUCCCCGUCGAGGAGCGCACCGGGCUCCCCUACGCCAGCACCAAGCGCAUGGUGCACGCCGCCACCGGCCUCGAGAAGCCCGUGAUGCACGCCUGCGGCCACGACAUGCACAUCACCUGCCUCCUCGGCGCCGCCGCCGCGCUCUUCUCCUCCCGCGCCACCUGGGCCGGCACCCUCGUGCUCCUCUUCCAGCCCGCCGAGGAGCGCGGCACCGGCGCGCAGGCCAUGGUCGACGACGGCCUGUACACCCGCCACGGCGUGCCCGUGCCGGACGUGGUACUCGGCGCGCACGUGAUGCCGUUCCGCGCCGGCGCCGUCGGCACCGGCCGCGGGGUGGUGGCCACGAGCGCGGACAGCCUGGAGGUGACGAUCCACGGGCGCGGGUCGCACGCGAGCAUGCCGCACACGGCGGUCGACCCGGUCGUGGUGGCGGCCAGCACGAUCAUGAAGCUGCAGACGCUGGUCAGCCGCGAGACGGACCCGGCGGACGCGAGCGUGGUGACGGUGGCGACGGUGCAAGCCGGCGACGCGGAGAACGUCAUCGCCGACGAGGCGGUGCUCGGCAUCGACACGCGCUCCACCACCGCCGCGACGAGGGAGCGCAUGAUGCGCCGCAUCAAGGCGGUCGUCGAGGCGGAGUGCGCCUGCGCCGAGGCCCCCCGGGGGCCCGAGUUCAGGACGACAAGGUCCUUCCCGCUGACGGUCAACGACGAGGAGACGACGCGGAGGAUCGAGGAGACGUUCUCAGUGCACUUUGGGGAGGGGAGGGGCGAGUACGACAGGAACAUGCCGCGCCUAGGUGGCAGCGAGGACUUUUCCAUACUGGCCACCGCGGUGGACAGGCCGUACUGCUUCUUCAUGUACGGCAGCAUCGAGGAGUCGAGGUGGGACAGGAUCGAGGCCCAGGGCACUAUUGCCAAGGACAUCCCGGCCAAUCACUCGCCGAUGUUUGCGCCUGCCAUAAUGCCGACAUUGCAGACGGGACUCGACGGUUACGUCCUCGGUGCGUUGACGUUCUUAGGCAAAAAGUAA